AUGCGUGUACUUCUGUCCAGGACAUCAACACAUUUCAUUCUCGAGUUAAUUCAGAAUGCAGAUGACAACCAGUAUGAUUCUGAAAUUGUGCCCAGUCUGCGAUUGCUAUUGUACAAUGAUAGAGGUCAGAAAUAUUUCCGUUCUGACUGCAACGAAGUCGGCUUCACAUUCAAGCAACUUGACGCUCUGACACGAGUCGGUCAAAGUACCAAGGCCGCCGCCAUCAAUGACUCAAAGUCGUACAUCGGUGAAAAGGGCAUCGGAUUCAAGUCCGUGUUCAAGGUAGCUGAUGUGGUCCACGUUGCAAGUGGUCUUUACGAGUUCAAGUUUGACCGCAAUGCUCGUAUCGGAAUGAUUCUUCCCAUUCCCUCACACUUUCCUGCUGCAGAUCGCGUAACCGAUCAUACGCAGUUCCUUCUGGCGUUGAAAAGUCAACGCGACUACGAUGUCAUCAAGGAGGAGCUAAACAGUAUCGGGCCAGACCUGCUGCUCUUCUUGAGAAAUCUGGACCAGGUCUAUAUAUCUAUACGCGGCUCGAACAAGCGGUAUCGACGCAAGAUCACCAAAUUCGACGCAAGAUAUAAAGGAGAAACUGUGAAAAUAUCUGUUCACGGCGACGCUGUAACGUCAAAAGAAUACAUCGUCCAUCGACAUACUGUCGAGAAAUUACCUCUAGAGCCCCAGAGAGAAGGCACUGUUUCUUCUGAGGUUGUAAUUGCGUUUACGGUCGAUAAUGAAGCCACUCCCGUAUUCAACACUCAAAGGGUUUUUGCUUUCCUCCCAGUUAGUGACUUUGGCUUCCGUUUUCUUAUCCAUGCGGAUUUUAUCCUUGUAGCCAGUCGAGAGGGUCUCGAUGAAUCGAGCCUUUGGAACUGGUCUCUCAGGGAUGCAAUCCAGACUGCCUUCGUGGACGCAAUCCAUCGUCUUGCUGCACUAUCCCCUAUCCGGGAUGGGGAGGGACUGUGCUACAAGUGGCCGAAAUACCUCCCUCGUUAUCAUGAAACCUCAGGAUUUUGGCAUGGCCUCCAUCAAAAUAUGAUGAAUGCCUUGCGUGAUACACCUUUGCUUGAGUCGCGAGCGGGCGGCGCUCUACGAAAGCCUACUGAUCUCUACUGGGUACCUAGAGAUUGUAGAUUUGAGAACGGAACUCUUUUCGACCUCCCGUCACUUUUGCACUCGCACUUGUCGUUUGAGUAUGAUAGCGUAAGGCCGGAACUCUCCCUAAUUGGGGUCGACAAUCUUGAUAUCAAUGAUUUGUGGCGAGAAUUUUCCCAAUGGGUCAAUGAAGUUGGAAUCGACGGCCUAAAGAAACGGCCAAUCAAGUGGCAUCAAAGGGUCAGUUCGAUCUUCUGCGACCGAAAAGAACUACGAGAGAAGCUCCGACAUUUACCAAUUGUCCCUCUUCGGGAUGGCUCAUGGGUCAAGGCGCGCAAGGAUCGAGUGUUUUUUACUUCUACGGACACCGAAGAGCAUGUACCCACUGGCAUCAAGCUAUUUCUCGUGGAUCGCUCUGUAUCUGAAGAUCCAGCAAGAAGAAGAUUCUUGAGUUUCUUGGGAAUUCAAGAAUAUAGCCCUGCCCAAGUUUGCGAACUGAUUGUCAAACUGCACCGUGAUAUGCCUUCUGGGCCCUGCCGCACAGAAACGGAUCUUGUCACAGACGCUCUUUAUCUUUUUGAUCAUCGAUCGUUCCUCGGAUACAAAGUUCCUGACAUUUACCUUACCGCUAUAGAGGGUGGAAAGAAGAUUCGAAGCAGAAAACGCCAUCUCUACUUGGUCGACCCCGGUGUCAAGCCAGGUUUGAUAGCAAAAUAUCAGUAUACCGCGGAAAGUCCACUCGUGGUGCUCUCUGAUAAGUAUGAGGCUGAGCUCUGCAAAGACCGACCACAAGAACAUGCAGAGCUAUUUCGACAGUGGCUCCUGAAAUCCGAAUACAGAGAGUUUUCCACAAUCCCGACACUUUUACACGAUAACAAACUGAGCGUCGAGUGGCACUUUCUUAGCAGACACGAUGUGAUGGAUUUGCUACAAGCCAUCAGGCUACAAUGGGACAAAACAGGGAUUCUAUCCCCCAAAAUCAUCGAGGCUGCGGCAGAACUACAAGUGCCUUGCUGCGAUGGACAUUCGAGAUCUCUAGGCCUCCUAGCUAUCCCAACUACGGAGCUGGAGCAAAAGUGUCCGCAUCUCGAUUUUGUGAACCUUCCCGAUCCUGCAGUGUACAACUGGGGGUUUCUAUCAGAUAUGGGCGUCUUAACCAACCACAAUACAACAGCAACUCUACGAGAGCUCCAAAAGAUUGCACAGCUCCAGGUAGAUGAGGUAGAUCAGGAUGCAAUACGCGAAAUUUACGAAGCACUGAACGCAAGCAUGCGUUCCGAGUGGAAGGAGAUAAACACGGCUUUCCUGGAAAAGCCCCUUGUAUUCGUUAAAAAACCAAAACGCAGAUGGUUAAGCCAUCUUUCCUGCGUCUGGGAUGCCCCAGUUGCUCUGAAGCAGGUCACAAAACUCAGAGAUCGCUACCGCACAUGCAAGCAGUUAUUCAGUUCCAUUCUGUGUGUGAAGAAAGUCAGCACUGGAGACAUUGUCGAGGAACUGUGUUCUGUCUCAGAUGGAGGCGACCUGGAUGUCCAGCGCUUCAGUGAGCUGUUCUUUUUACUAGAGAGCUAUCGUUCUCAUCAUGAAGAGCUGAGCAAGGAUCAAGUUCGAAGAAUCCGAGAAGCUGCGGUAUUUCCUGUCGUGGCUGAAGGGAGAAACGGUGACAAACAGCCGAAUAUCUCUUUGCAGUCUAUAUGUGAGAGUGAUUGGUACGUUCCAGACCAAAUGCCCCUGGAGCGAGCUUUUCGACGCAGGGUCGCUAUGCUUAGCAUGCCUGUAAAGGACGUUAGGUCUUUGCGUACUCUCUUUGAGGAUCUUGACUGCGAGCAACGGUUUCUCUCUUAUGCGGUUGAGCAAACAACUGAAUUGAGAGGCACAUGUAUUCGUGACUUGCGUCGGGAAGGUGAUCUCAUGACCCGACUUGAAUAUAUUGCGCUAGCGACAGAUCAGUCGGCACUCGUCGAGGAUAUCACGAUACAAAUGUGGUCGGUAUCAUCAAUCCUAACUAAAAGUCGAUUGGGAGACACUGAGAUAAGCGAUCAAGACAAGUUAAUCACGAUCAGAGAUGAUGGAGGGGUCACAAACAUAUACAUCCGCGAAGAUAUAUUCAUGGACAACCAGGCCCUGGUCAAUCUUGAAUUGCAGGAGCAUUUUAGUAGUCUAUGGGACGUUGAUACCGAGCACACCGAGCUGGUCCACCCCCUCCUGACUGCACCUAUUGUUGAAAUACCUGUUAUCUUGGAGCGAUAUAAUAUCGAAAUACCCGAAAACUCGGACAAUGGAGACGCUGGCAAUCAAGAAAGCAACAGCGAGGAUCAAGAAAGCGACAGUGAGGAGCAAGCGACGACGAUUGCACAUCUAACCACAACCUACUCCGUUAACGAUUCUGGUAGGGAGGCAACGAUGGAGAGCGACCACGAAAGCCAGUUUAUCGACUUGGCAAGACAAUUCAGGAAUCUUAGAAUCUCACCGGCAGCAGGUGGCAACGAUGAGGAAUUCAUCACUCCAGCAAGCUCACCUCGACUUGUCCCACGGCACGAAGUGAUUCCUUCUCACAAUCCAAGGAGUCAGAGAAUAGUCCAAAAAGCGAGUGUACUUCAUGCAGACGAGACACCAGUUGCGAGAGCUCCGAGGAGCAGCGCUCAGUUUGGCGGUAUACUAGACCAACGUUUGCCAACAGAAACAGCAGAAAAACAACCCGGUGGGGGAGAUAUUUCUUUGCCUCGCUAUCCAACCAUGGAAACUACUUUCUACCAGAAUCCCUCCGGCUUAAACACCCCCAGACCCUCUCAAAAUUCUCCCAGAGCCUUUGAAGUUCCAUCUAUCAGAUAUAGGGAGAUUGGGUUCCUUGGGGAGCGUUUCAUUUAUCAUAUGCUUCAACCUCGUAUCAAGGAUUGGACAUAUGAGAAUUGGACGAGUAAGUUGCGAGUCGAGGCCGGGCAUCCCCGAUUCACAGAGCGCGAAAAGGACUUUUCCGACUUUACCUACCUGGAUCGUUUUGGUCAAAUGAAAAGAGUGCUGCGAGAGGCUGGCAUGGACGUAAUCGUCGACUGGUCUCAUAACACGAAAUUUCAUCUCGAGGUCAAGACGACACUAGGUCCUUGCAGCGAGCCAUGUUUCGUGUCCCAGAAUCAACUUGACAAGAUGCGUCAGUACGAAGGGAACUUGAGUAACGCCUACAUCUUAGUUCGGGUUUUCCAGAUAGAAGCAGCUGGUGGUCCAAGUUUUCGAUUCUUUCCAAAUCCUUGGAGCCUCUACAUGGAGGGGGCUCUCGACUUCAGGUCGAAUGAAGGAUAUAAGGUGUAUGGGUUGGCAUAA